CAUUUAAAAAAAAACAUUGAUUGUCCGCGACGAUCUUGAUGGCAAUUUCGAAUUUGGUGUAAACAUGGAUGGGUUCAUUGACACGAGCAAUUUGUAAUCGAUGCGGAGGUGUUUCGCUUACCUCAAUCAUAAAAUAAAUAAACGGUAUAAUUCCGUAAAGUCUUAACAAAUACUGUAAACGUUGCAAGAAAGAAAUUUUAUUGACAAUUCUUCUUUGAGACUGAAUAGCACGGUUAACGCUGAUCGUUCGUCGCAGUUGUAACCUGCACGCAUCGAUCUUUCAAAAAUGCCCUUCAAAAAAGAUGUACGGCUUUUGUUGAAGCCCUAUUAUUUAAUAAACAUUUUGCUCAGCCUUUCGUACAUUGUCUCGAAGCGAAUUCCAUUUGUUUGUCAUUAUGUGUUCGCGCAGGCCGAAUGUGAACUUGAUGGGAGAGAAACAGAGAUCCUAUUUUUUCUCAUGAUAGUCAUAAUGAUAAGGUCACGAAAAACUGGAAGUGUUACCAUGAUAAACUAUCUCUCGUCCAGCUUCGUGUACACCAAAGUUGCCAAUCUGAUUCUUUGGUUCUACGCAGAUAUUCGCAUGGGGAUACUAUUUGCCAUCAUAUUCAUUUUAUGCGGUCUGUUGUUCCCCGAACCAACGUAUCAGGGCCCAGAGAAUGUAAUUUACCUACAUGGUGCAAGUGGACUGCAAGAAGAGCUGCAACGCGACACAAGAAUUAUUUGGCUGGUUGCAUUCUAUACUGCAUGGAAUCCAGCUUGUGUUAAUUUUGCUCCAAUAUUUUCUGAAUGUUCUGCAGAAUACGCUUUAGACAACUUGAAAUUUGGAAAAGUGGACAUCGGAAGGUAUCCAGAUGCAGGAGCAAAGUAUCAUGUUAGUGAUGCUAGCACUAGCAAACAGCUGCCAACCUUAAUUCUGUUUAAGGAGGGCAAAGAGGUAGAAAGGCGCCCGUACGCUGAUCGUAAGGGUAAACUGGUUAAAUUUCUUUUUUCAUUGGACAACAUAAAGGCAGCAUUUGAUCUGAACAAUCUGUACAAGGAUUGUAAAAAGAAUCCAUUGAAGAAAAAAGAAAGGAAGUCUGUGAAGGCUGAGUGAAUUGUUCCACGUAUUUAGGCAUUUUGUUAAAGCGUUAUCGGUUCCAUAGCACUGCCAACGACUACGAUCGAAGAGUGACUUCUACUGUGUAGAACAGAUAUUUAGUAUACCAUUGUCUCGUGCAAAUUUUAAUUUAUAGAGAAAUACGAACGUUUGUAAAUAUUUCAUUCUGUCCUUUACCAUCACACGCAUGUCAUGCACCACUGUGUUCUAUUAGUAACGAUGGGACGGUAGUGUAGAGAAAAAGACGACGAGUCGAUCGAAAGGUAGACAAUGUCACAAUCGACAUUGAAUGAUUUAAAAGUGCCACAUGUUGAGUAUGAUUUGCACACGUGAAAAGUGGGCGUUUUAUCUAACCAAAGUGACGUACGGCUUCUAGUUACAGUACGUGUAACUCGUUGCAGUCUUC